AUGACGGACCCAGACCUCAACAAUAAGCUCGAUAGACUACUCACUCUAUUGGAAGCACAGCUAGAGCUUACCAGACAAGGUCAUCGAGAGGAACGAUUACAACGAGCUCAACUGAGCAGGGAGGAGACAAUGGACCUCUCUCACUCAGAAGACCAAGCAGGAGGAGGAGAUGAGUCUAUGAUAGGAGACCCACAUACUCCUACUCCAGCCCCACGACCAAGACGAUCAGUCUCAUUCAACCUGGAUGAGCAGGAGGACAUCAACUACGAGAAGUAUGCUUCACCUACGGGGCCAAGAUAUGUCAAGACUAAGCUGGACCCCUACAGCAGGACUAGGACGGAUCCUUACCCCCUGGACCACGAGGAGGAUACCAGCAUCAUGGCAGAACUUAACCGGUCAAAGCCCAUUGCCACCCCCUUUCCAAAGUUCAAUCCCCGAGACAUGGAGAUCUUCAUUCUAGAAGCCGAAGCAUGGUUUAAGUUCAACCAGGUGUAUGAGCAGUCUAGGAUGAUCAAUCACAUGGGUGCUCAACUGGAAGGGACAGCAAGAGAGUGGUGGACCUCCAAGCUCCGUAUUGAUAGAGCUAGAGAAGGAAGGUUGUUCAAUGAUUGGCACUACUUCACAGAUCGACUGUCAGAGCAGUUCAACCCACGCAAUGCUAGGAUGGAGGCAUACAACAAGCUGUUGGCUCUCAGACUCACAAGUGAUGCUCCUGGUGCCGCCACACGUCAUGUAGAGCGGUUCAGAGACUUGGAAGGACAGGUCAACCUAGAUGACAAUGAGCUAGUGAUUGAUCUCUUCAGAGGUAGUCUCACUCGUAGCAUACAGGAGAAGUUCGAGAGGAAUCCACCUGGGAAGAGAUGGGAGUGGUAUCGAGAGGUCGAGGAGAUCGAUCGACAGAGGAUGCUACUACAGCAGGUAGACCCUCUUAGCUCUCGACCCAUGGGACCAAAGGUUAUGGUCACCACAGCAGACCCCUUCGAGGAGGCCACCGACUCAGGAGAUGGCUACACAGGCAGCACUGAGACGGGUGACCCUGAGGCCAUGGACCUCAGCUCAUACCAGCAACCCAUGGACCCCGAUCACGAGGAGGAGCACAAUGAUGAUGACGACGAGGGAAACGUCAGCAAAGCAGUAUUGGAGCUCUCUGGAAUGGUUCAAGACCAUCCUGCUCGGAUACUAGCUGAUACCGGUGCUGGUUUGUCCAUAGUCUCAGAUUCUUUCAUUAGUAAGUACCAAAUACCCACAAAACCCAUAAAAACAAGAUCGAUCCAUGGUGUCACCGGGCACCAACUCUCCAUCAAUAGUUCUGCGAGCAUGCAGGUAUCUAUUGGUACACACAAUCUGGGUGUGGUCGAAGCUUCAGUGGCCGACACUGCGGACUAUGACCUCAUCCUGGGGUUCACUGAGCUACGGAGGCUCAAACCCACCAUACAAUGGGAUACGGGCCAGCUGGAGUUCAAGACUCAGGAGCAGGACCGACCCCCUAGGAGACCCCCUGAAGCAGCAAGAGCAGGGGACCUAACCAUGAGGAGACCAACCCUUCAUGGUAACGAGUUUGUCUCAGCAGAGCGCAUACUACGAGCAGCUCUGGAAGAUGGACCCAUAGGGUUCAUGCUGUUAGAGGAGCCACCAUCAUCACUCCCAGCCUUUGGUUUUGUACCUACAGGCGCAGACAAAGGAGUAGAGAUGGAGGUAGAGGUGGACAAGGUGGUGAUGGCUGCAGAUAUACCAAAGCCAUACCAACACCUGCGAGAUGUGUUUGAUGAAGUGGAAGCAAACAAGCUGCCCCAUCAUACCAAGCAUGAUCUCCACCUCGAGUUGUUAGAAGGAGGUAAGCCACCUCAAGGGCCCCUGUACCUUAAGGGGCCCAAGGAGAUGUCCAAGUUGAGGAGGUACUUGGAUGAGAACCUCGAGAAGGGGUUCAUAAGACCAUCGAAGAGCCCGGCACGAUCACCAGUGCUCUUCGUACCAAAGAAGGAUGGAGGUCUCAGACUCUGUGUGGACUACAGAGGUCUCAACGAGAUCACUGUCAAGAACAGGGCACCAUUGCCCCUCAUCGAGGAGCAGCUGUUCUUACUCAGGAAGGCAAGGAUCUAUACCAAGCUAGACCUUAGAGCAGCAUACAACCUCAUCCGGAUUGCUAAAGGAGAUGAAUGGAAGACAGCUUUUGGCACUCAGUUGGGACUCUAUGAGUACCUAGUGAUGCCCUUUGGCCUAGCUAAUGCUCCGGCUCACUUCCAGUCAUUCAUCAAUGACAUCUUCCGAGACAUCAUUGGAGUAUAUGUAGUGGUAUACUUAGAUGACUUCCUGAUCUUCAGUGACACUGAAGAGGUACAUGUGAAGCAUGUCACCGAGGUCCUCACUCGCUUAAGGAGCAACAGGCUCUUUGCUAAGCUGUCGAAGUGUGAGUUCCACACCAAGACAGUCGAGUUCCUGGGGUACAUCAUCAAGCCAACGGGCAUAGAGAUGGACCCAGAAAAGGUGCGCACUGUCAAGGAGUGGCCAAUGCCAGAGUCGAUCCAUGACAUCCAGAGGUUCCUGGGUUUUGCCAACUUCUAUCGAAGGUUCAUAGCCCACUUUGCUCGCAUAGCCAAGCCCUUGACAGCACUGGUAAAGCCUAUAGAACGGUUCAAGAAGCUCGAGCUACCAGAGGAGGCCCAACAGGCCUUCCACAAGCUCAUCCAGGCCUUCACAUCAGCAGGAGUGCUUCAGCACUUCGACUACCACCUUCCCACAAGGUUGGAGACUGAUGCAAGUGACUUUGCUAUAGCAGGAGUGCUCAAGCAGGAGCAUGAAGGACGAUGGCAUCCAGUGGCCUUCUACUCUAGGAAGAUGUCUUCUGCCGAGAAGAACUAUGAGAUCCAUGAUAAGGAGCUCCUAGCUGUGGUCGCCUGCCUCACUCAGUGGCGACACAUGCUAGCUGGACUACCGAACCAACUGGUCAUCCUCACUGACCAUGAAGCCCUCAAGUACUUCAAGUCACAGAGACGCAUCACAGGUCGACAGGCUCGAUGGGCCAUACUACUAGCAGACUUCGACUUCAUAUUGCAGUAUCGACCAGGAGACAAAGGUGGUGAACCCGAUGCUCUUACCAGAAGGACAGACAUGCAACCAGCUGGUGAAGAGCAGGAUCACAAUGUGAGGCAAUUACUGCCUCCUCGAGUAUUCAAGGAGACAGCAGACCAUGACUCGCUCCUAGUGGCCCCCAUGAUCUCGAUGGAGUCCAUAGCAUCAAAAGGUCUCAAAGACCUGCUACAGGAGAUACAUAGGAAGAAGCCUUUCGAACUCAAGGAUGACCUAUGGUACAGUGGAGGAAGGUUGGUUAUCCCCAAGCAUCUGCGAUUCAUGGUGAUGACCCAAUGUCAUGAUGGUAUCACUGCUGGACACGUAGGAAGAGAUGCUACCAUCAAGGCAGCUCAACGACAUUACUGGUGGCCAAACAUGACAGCUUGGAUUGCAGACUAUGUAGCAAGUUGUCCUGUAUGUGCUAGGUACAAAGCUCCUCGUCAUCGUCCAUAUGGUUUGCUACAGCCACUAGCAACCCCAGACAGGCCCUGGGGCUCCAUAUCCCUCGACUUCAUUGAAGGACUACCACCAUCAAAGAAGUAUGACUCCAAGACCUAUGACUCUAUCCUAGUCAUCGUCGACAGGUUAACUAAGUUUGCCAUACUAGCUCCAACCCAUAAGACAGUCACGGCCAAACAGACUGCAGUAUUGCUAUAUGGACACAUGGUUAGACUCUUCGGAUAUCCAGAUCACAUGGUCUCGGACCGAGGCAGGCAGUUCAUAUCAGGAGCAUGGAAGGCAUUUGCAGAGCAAAUGGGUGUGAAGCACUCACUUAGCACGGCCUACCAUCCUCAAACUGAUGGUCAGACAGAGAGAGUCAAUCAGGUCAUAGAGCAAUAUCUCAGGAUGUACUGCAACUAUGAGCAGAAUGACUGGGCCAACCUGCUGGACACUGCGGCCUUUGUAUAUAACAACACGGUCCACAACAGCAUUGGUGUCUCACCAUUCUUUGCAUGCUAUGGAUGGAACCCCAAAGCUCAUCCUGACAUCCCUCAACGACUAGGAGUCAAUGAUCCAGGUCGCUUCGAGUACCUCAUGGAUGGAAAGGAGCGUUGCAAGUACCUCCAGGAGCAGAUCAGAGAGGCACAACGUAGAUCAGUAAACCAGUAUAACAGGAAGCACAAGGACAUCGAGUUUAAGGUGGGUGAUAUGGUCUAUAUCAACCGACGAAACUGGAAGACAAGGAGACCCACACCCAAGUUAGACACCCGGUUCGCAGGACCCUACCCAGUUCAGGAACGGAUAGGACGCCGAGCUUAUCGAAUCACAUUGCCAGCAAACCUUAGGGUGCAUGAUGUGUUCCAUGUCUCCAUGCUCGAGCCAGCAAGAACAAGUUCUCUUCCUCAACGUGCUGAACAGCCCACCAUACCAUCACUUCCAGAUGAGGACCUCGAUUUCGAAGUCGAAGCACUCAUCGACAAGCGUUCACACAAUGGGACUACGGAGUACAAGGUGUUGUGGAGAGGGUACUCAGAGGAAGCUGCUUCAUGGGAACCAGUAGAGAACCUCAACUGUCCCGACCUCAUCCAGGAGUAUGAGGUGUCGGAGGGGGGACGAGUGAGUAGACAGAGUGGAGAGAGGAGGAGAGAACAGGAGGAGUAG